AUGCUCAGAGAUGACAACUCUGGAGGCACAACAGAUAUAGCUCUGCCAUCAUCACCAUUAAAGGUCCCAAUUGAGAACGGUGUCAAGCAAGGAGAUACCAUCUCUUCGAAGCUCUUUACCACAUGUCUAGAAAUAGUCAUAAAAGACAUUGACUGCACAGGUAGCGAGAACAUCAGUGUUGAGCAAGAAACACUCCGCCUCCAUUUUCAGAUAACGUUGUACUUACCGUUGAAAACAGACCAGCUGGAGAUUAUGCUGACAAAAAUGGACACUCAAAGCUUAGCAGUAGAUCAUAAAAUGAGCCACAUACAAACAAACUAUAUGCUGUCGGAUAACGUAGCUCAAAGGCGAAUAGAGGUGGAAAGCAAUGAAAUCGAGAAGGUACGUCUACUUCGGCAACACAGUGAUUAUGCACUGAAAAAUUGA